GUGGGCUCCUGCACGUGCCAGGCGCUGACCACUCCUCUUGGGAGCCUAACUGAGGGGGGUAGAGGCAGCAGAAGUUAACAGAAAUCUCAGGUCCCUCGUUGUUGGUAGAAGGUGGGUGUGUAGUCGUGGUACUUUACGCCUCAGUGUUUAGGGAGGAGCCUAAGGUAAGGAGCCAGAAACGGGGAGUAACCGAGCUGCGGCUUUUAUAUAAGGUCAGUGGUAGGUAAGGAAGGGGCUUUUUCCUCUGCUGGUGACAAGAAGCCUGCAUUUCUGCAUUCUGCUUAAUUCCCUUUCCUUAGAUUUGAAAGAAGCUAACACUAAACCACAGAUAUACAGCAAGAAGGCCAUUUUCUCAAACAAGAGUCAGCCUUUAACAAAAUUACCAUGGUUGACACAGAGAUGCCAUUCUGGCCCACCAACUUUGGGAUCAGCUCCGUGGAUCUCUCCGUAAUGGACGACCACUCCCACUCCUUUGACAUCAAGCCCUUCACUACUGUUGACUUCUCCAGCAUUUCUACUCCACAUUAUGAAGACAUUCCAUUCACAAGAACAGAUCCGAUGGUUGCGGAUUAUAAGUAUGACCUGAAACUUCAAGAGUACCAAAGUGCAAUCAAAGUGGAGCCUGCAUCUCCACCUUAUUAUUCUGAGAAGACUCAGCUCUACAAUAAGCCUCAUGAAGAGCCUUCAAACUCCCUCAUGGCAAUCGAAUGUCGUGUCUGUGGAGAUAAAGCUUCUGGAUUCCACUAUGGAGUUCAUGCUUGUGAAGGAUGCAAGGGUUUCUUCCGGAGAACAAUCAGAUUGAAGCUUAUCUAUGACAGAUGUGAUCUUAACUGUCGGAUCCACAAAAAAAGUAGAAAUAAAUGUCAGUACUGUCGGUUUCAGAAAUGCCUUGCAGUGGGGAUGUCUCAUAAUGCCAUCAGGUUUGGGCGGAUGCCACAAGCCGAGAAGGAGAAGCUGUUGGCGGAGAUCUCCAGUGAUAUCGACCAGCUGAACCCAGAGUCCGCUGACCUCCGGGCCCUGGCAAAACAUUUGUAUGACUCAUACAUAAAGUCCUUCCCGCUGACCAAAGCAAAGGCGAGGGCGAUCUUGACAGGAAAGACAACAGACAAAUCACCAUUCGUUAUCUAUGACAUGAAUUCCUUAAUGAUGGGAGAAGAUAAAAUCAAGUUCAAACACAUCACCCCGCUGCAGGAGCAGAGCAAAGAGGUGGCCAUCCGCAUCUUUCAGGGCUGCCAGUUUCGCUCCGUGGAGGCUGUGCAGGAGAUCACAGAGUAUGCCAAAAGCAUUCCUGGUUUCGUAAAUCUUGACUUGAACGACCAAGUAACUCUCCUCAAAUAUGGAGUCCAUGAGAUCAUUUACACAAUGCUGGCCUCCUUGAUGAAUAAAGAUGGGGUUCUCAUAUCCGAGGGCCAAGGCUUCAUGACAAGAGAGUUUCUAAAGAGCCUGCGAAAGCCUUUUGGUGACUUUAUGGAGCCCAAGUUUGAGUUUGCUGUGAAGUUCAAUGCACUGGAAUUAGAUGACAGCGACUUGGCAAUAUUUAUUGCUGUCAUUAUUCUCAGUGGAGACCGCCCAGGUUUGCUGAAUGUGAAGCCCAUUGAAGACAUUCAAGACAACCUGCUACAAGCCCUGGAGCUCCAGCUGAAGCUGAACCACCCUGAGUCCUCGCAGCUGUUUGCCAAGCUGCUCCAGAAAAUGACAGACCUCAGACAGAUUGUCACGGAACACGUGCAGCUACUGCAGGUGAUCAAGAAGACGGAGACAGACAUGAGUCUUCACCCGCUCCUGCAGGAGAUCUACAAGGACUUGUACUAGCAGAGAGUCCUGAGCCACUGCCAACAUUUCCCUUCUUCUAGUUGCACUAUUCUGAGGGAAAAUCUGACACCUAAGAAAUUUACUGUGAAAAAGCAUUUUAAAAAGAAACGGUUUUAGAAUAUGAUCUAUUUUAUGCAUAUUGUUUAUAAAGACACAUUUACAAUUUACUUUUAAUAUUAAAAAUUACCAUAUUACGAAAUUGCUGAUAGUA